AUGGCGAUCUGUACUUAUAACGCACGUACGCUUGCAUCGGAAGCGGCCAUCGAAGAUCUGAUGAUGCAAGCCAAGAAGAUCAAGUACGACGUCAUCGGACUGACCGAGACGAGACGACGUCACCCUCUCAACGCCGUAUAUGAAACUGGAGAAGAACUGUUCUUAGGAACAUGCGACAGUAGAGGUGUUGGUGGAGUUGGCGUCCUCGUCAACACGAGUAUGGCAAAGAACAUCGACUCUUUUGAACAACUUACGACCCGAAUCGGACGUCUGCGGAUGAGAAGAUGUUGCCCAAUACCAGCUUUGACUAUCUUCGUCGUUUACGCUCCAACAUCAAGCUACGAAGAAGAAGAAGUCGAAGCUUUCUAUAUGGACCUGGAGAAGUUCUACCAAGAAGAUCAUGCCUUCUACAAGGUCAUAGUUGGCGAUUUCAACGCUAAGGUUGGCCCAAGAAGAACGCCGGAGGAACUUCACAUCGGGACCCACGGCCUACAAUGGAAUGACCAGGGAGAGAGGCUCUCCGAGUUCAUCAUGACGACUAAGACCAUCCAUGGGAACUCGCAAUUUCAGAAACCCUCUUCUUUACGCUGGACGUGGGAGUCACCCGGUGGAGGGUACCGUAAUGAAAUAGACCACAUCAUCGUCAAUAAAAGGUUCUGCCUGACGGACGUCGGUGUUGUACCAAAGUUCUAUACGGGAUCGGACCAUCGCCUCCUCCGAGGAAGAUUUUCCUUCACAAGGAGAGCAGAGAAAGCCGCCAAGUUCAGAGAGAGAAAUCCCAGGACUACCAUCAACUGGGAUCUCUUCGCUACGCUAGUCGGCUUUUGGGAAGAUUCUGCAAUGGACAACAUCGACGAGGAAUAUGACCGGCUUGUCGAACACCUUCACGACUGCGCGAAGAAGGCUGAGAGUUUUAAAACCACCAAGAGGCGUCUGUCUCUUAAAACUCUUGAGCUGAUACGCCAGCGUGGAGCAGCACGAGCCGCAGGGAACCAAGAACUCACGUCCGAGCUCGCAAGGCUUUGCCGAGAGGCGAUAAAGGAAGACCUUAAAGAGAGAAGAGCAGAAGUGCUGGCUGAAGCUGCAGAGGCGGGGAAAAGCAUCCGCUAUGCCCGUCGAGACUUCGCCAGUCGCAAGACGAGGAUGACUGCUCUCCGGAACCCAAAGGGAACAGCCAUUGCAUCGAGAAGGGGGAUGGAGAAAAUCAUCUACGACUUCUACUCUGAUCUCUUCGACAGCCAUGUCCACUUGCCUCCUCACCAUCUGAGGGAAGAUGGACAAGUCAUUCCAGAGGUUUUCCCUCCGAAAUACGACAUGCUAUCAUGUCGGAUUGAAAAAGUCUUGGAUGAAGGACAGCCAUGCGAGCAAGCAGGGUUUCGAAAAGGAUUCAGCACGAUUGACCACAUCCACACUGUUUCGAAACUCAUCGAGGUAUCACGAGAGUACAAGAUGCCGCUCUGUCUCACCUUCAUCGACUUAAAGAAGGCUUUCGACUCGGUUGAGACGGAAGCGGUCGUGGAAGCCUUGGACAACCAAGGCGUCCCUACUCAAUAUAUAAAGAACAUCAUCAUUGACGUGAAGAGGGGGGUCCGACAGGGUGAUACAAUUUCACCCAAAAUAUUCACAGCCACCCUCGAGAACGCAAUGCGAAAGUUGGAAUGGGACGACAUGGGAGUGAAGGUUGAUGGUCGGCAGCUACACCAUUUGCGCUUUGCUGAUGACAUCGUACUGGUGACACCUAGCAUCAGCCAAGCGGAACGAAUGCUGACCGAAUUCGACGAAACAUGUGGAUGCAUCGGUCUUCAGCUGAAUCUACAAAAGACGAUGUUCAUGCGGAACGGAUGGGUCUCGGAUGCCCCAUUCACGCUCAACGGAACGAACAUAUCCGAAUGCACCAGCUACGUUUAUCUGGGUCGGGAACUGAACAUGAUGAACGACCUGACCCCCGAGCUGGGCAGGAGGAGACGAGCGGCUUGGGGAGCGUACAAGAGCAUCGAGGAUGUAGUGAAGAAGACCAGGAACACCCGGCUCCGUGCUCACCUCUUCAACACCACCGUACUUCCUGCUUUGACCUAUGCUUCGGAAACCUGGGCAUUUCGCAAGCAGGAAGAAAACGCGGUGAGCGUCAUUGAACGCGCAAUUGAGAGAGUGAUGCUAGGAGUAUCCCGUUUCACGCAAGUGAGGGACGGGAUUCGAAGUUCUCUCCUACGUCAGCGAUCGAAGAUUAGAGACGCCGCCGCGUUUGCCAAGGAAAGUAAAAUAAGGUGGGCCGGACACGUGAUGCGCUUUAAUGACAACCGUUGGACCAGAGCCGUGAGCGACUGGGUUCCCCGCGAUAUUAAGCGCACUACAGGAAGACCGCCGACCCGAUGGUCAGAUUUCUUCACGAAGUCCUUGAAAGAAAAAUAUGAUGCUCUUCGUGUCCCACGCGAAAGGAGGAACCACUGGGCUACUCUGGCACGCGAUCGGGACAAAUGGAAGAAUUACUGGCGCCCGCUCGACCAGUCCGAAGAUCAACGGGAGUCAAGGUGA